CACAGUAGUCACGUGUAUUACCGUCCCGACGCACCCUCGUCGGACGCUCAAGGGUUGUUCUGCCGGUAAAGUUCGUCUCUCGCGCCAAGUUGUUUCGAGGUGACAAAUAAUUUUUACUCCUUUUCUAACCAUAUCGUAUUUCAAUAAAGAAAUAUUAUAAAAAUAAACAUAUAUUUUGUAUACGAUAAACUAUGAAAAACGCCCGGUAAAUGUUCAGCCGUCGAAGUCCUGGUUCAUCUAUGAAAAACACAUACAAAUCAGACGAACUGCCACCGCAUAAUUUAGUCGCACCGUUUAAAUAACUUUAUAAACAAAAGUUUAAAUUACACGUGGGGAAGAUAUAAAGACCUGCUUGUAAUCCUGAAUAACAGAAAAUGAGAUGGAGAGAAUAAAAAUACCGUGAUUCAUUUUAAGCCUAAUUUGAAGAUGGGUGAAUGUAAAUCAACUACAAAAACUACAUCUGUUAUGAUGGCAUUACUAUUUUUGAUCAUAGAUCCUUGCGAAAUUGGUGAAGCAGUUCAAAUGCUUGGUGUAAAGGUGCCUGCAUACAUAUUUAUGGGAGACUCUGUACAAUUAUUUUGUGAUUAUGAUAUGCAAAUGGACAAAUUGUAUUCAGUUACCUGGUACAAAGACAAUGAAGAGUUCUAUCGGUACGUUCCAACAUCCAACCAUCUCAAACACAGUUACAAUAUGGACGGUAUCACAGUUGAUCAUAGUUACUCGGACAGCAAUAAAGUCACCUUGCGCUACGCUAAUUUGUUGAUGAAUGGCGAAUACAAAUGUGAAGUAUCUGCUGAAGCGCCGUUCUUUACAACUGUGCACGCUGAAUCCAAAAUGGCCAUAAUAAGUUUACCAAAGUUAAAAGAUAUAAUAAAAAUCAACGGAGGCUCAGGAAUCUAUCAAACUAGUGACACCAUUUAUUUAAAUUGUACAUCGGGAGAAUCAUUCCCCGCUGCAAGACUCCGGUGGUUUAUUAAUGACAAAUUGGUGAUUUCCAAUUACGACCGCUCAGAAAAACUACGCAACGGUUUGUACAUCAGCAUAUCCAAAUUAAAUUUGUCGAUAUCUCCUGAUCACUUCAACAAUGGCUUAAUGAAAGUUACAUGUCAAGCCAUCAUCAAUAUAGGACGUCCAAAGGCGUUACCACCUCCUAAGGAAUAUAAACGUGAAGCAAUACUCUUGGUACGUGGAUCAGCAGUAGCGAUGUGCAUAACGUUCAACUUUAAAUUAACAUUAAUAACAUUAACAUCAACAUUGUUUUUACUAAAUACGUCGUGAAAAUGUUAAAAAUUGUUAUCCAAUUAUUUUGGUUCCUUCAUUUAAAUUAUGUGAAAUUGUAUGUUAUCUUGUUAUUUUAUCAAAACUGUUUAAUAAACUUUAUAUCCGUAUUCCGCACGAGUUAUAAGUUGUAACUAUACAUUUUUUGUUUAUAAUUUUUUUAAACAUAUACAUAUAAUUUUUUUUUAACUAUAGUUUAGAUAACAGUAUUAU